UCUGCAUUCCCAAUAUCUCAAUCCUCAUACAACAAAUGUUCUCUUUUCAAAUAUACUUAGAUGGAGCGUCUUGCUUCGUGAUUCAAACGGCAACAGGAAGGUUGACGGAGGCUAUCUUUCUGCUAGCUUUUGCUAGAGAACUUGUUACGAUAGUUACGUGGAACCCGUCCUUCGGAUGUCGAAGCCGCCUGAGAUUUCUGCCAAAGGCCGCAUGUGUUAACCUGUUAACCCCGAUACAGGAUGGAUUAAGUCGAGGUUGCGACAGGCUACUCUCGUUCAGUUUAUAUAUUCCUUGCAAUUGGUAGCAGGACACAUUCCAUUCAACUACUUUGUCCUAUCCUAUAGGCUAUCCCCCGCCAAACGGUAAAUUCGUACCCGUGUAAAAUCCAACUACGACUCCGUGCAUGCAGUCUGAAUCCGGCUUGAAUCGUUCGAUAAGGACGGGAAGAGUGGAUAAUCGCGUAUCGUCGAAGAACUCCGAGGUCCAGCGCCGAGCGCGAAGUCGGUAACUUUACUUACCUACAAUG